UUCUUUUUUCACUCUUAUGCCACCAGGCUCCAGCCCUUACCUGUCAACGGUCAACACCCAGAAGUUUCAGUGUAACACCAAUGGUACCCAGGUUGAUGGGAUCAUCACCAUAAGUAAAUAUGAAUCGUACCCGUGUGAACUGCUUGAAAGGUGUUGUCACCUUCCUCAACUUCAUCUGCUGGUUGUGUGGCGCCUUCAUCGUGGGUUUUGGAGAGUUCCAGAUGAUGCGCUCUAGAUUUGGCUCCCUCAUCACAUCCUUCUGGCCCCUCUACCCUGCCAACACCCUGACAAUCACGGGUACCAUCGUGACAUGUGUGUGUUACCUGGGAAUCAUGGGGGCCCUGAAGGAAAACCGCUGUAUGCUCAUCACUUUUUUCAUCCUGCUGUUUAUCUUGAUGUUGGUGGAGCUGGCCAUGGCCUGUGUGUUUCUGGUGUACGAGAGGGAGAUUGACACUUUCUUUGAGAAAGACCUGAUGCGUAGCCUGGAGACAUACAAGAAUUCUACGUCAGAGGGGAACCUAACCAUUAAAGAGGACUUUGAUGUUGUCCAGCAUAUUUUCAGGUGCUGUGGGGUCCACGGCGUGGCAGACUGGGAGGGCAAUGUGCCCCUCUCCUGUUGUACGAAAAACCCCUGUAACAUCAUCCCCCAACCUAACUGGCAGGAGGGCUGCCAUAAGAAGCUCAGGAACUGGUUUGCACAUAACUUUCUAUGCACUGGAGCAGGUGUCGUCUCCCUGUUCAUUCUACAGUUCAUUUGCAUGUGUUUCACCGUCCCCAUCUUCUGCCAGUUCAGUCGUAAUGGAUAUGGUUACAAGUGAAAGGAGAACCCAUGAAUUUCAACUGGCUUAUUACGCAAUACAGGAUCUCAUUAACUUGAGACAAAAUAAUAAUAGAUGUAAUUUAUAUAGAGCUUUUCAAUACAUGAAAAAUCUCAAAGAUGUUUUGAUGUCCUAUGUGGCUCAGUUGGUAGAGCAUGGCCUUUGCAACGCCAGGAUUGUGGGUUCGAUUCCCACGGGGGACCACUGCGAUGCACUCACUGUGAGUCGCUCUGGAUAAGAGCGUCUGCUAAAUGACUAAAAUGUAGAUGUGAUAAGGAUAUCAUUUUCCUUCACGUGUUUGGUUUUUGUUUGAUUGUUUGUUUAAGCAAUAAGGCCCAAGGAGGUGUGGUAUAUGGCCAAUAUACCACAGCUAAGGGCUGAUCUUAUGCA